GAUCAGCAACAGCUGUGUCACCAGCAUGAUGGGCUUUUAAACCCUCACAUGUGGCACAGGUAGCAUUUCCUCUUGGUGACUGAAGCAAUGGGAGCUGUUCAGGUCUUGGUUAUUUGCGUGCUGACUGUUUUUCUUGCCAAAGGCUCUUGUUUGCCAGUUGGUGGCAAAAAUGAAAAACAUGAUGAUGGGCUGCAGAAGAAAGUAGGAGAUUUGUUGCAGCAAGAUGUUAAACAAGCAAAACCGGUUUCUACUAAAGUGGAGGCUCAGGCAUCAGGUGGCCAGAACAAACUGACAAAUCCCUUGAACACAGACGAAAAGACCUCAGAACUGGUUAUACUAUACGCAGCAAACGACAGCCCGACGGCCGCUGCCACGGACAGCCCGACGGCCGCUGCCACGGACAGCCCGACGGCCGCUGCCACGGGUUAAAUAGGGUAUCUAAGGUGUUCUGAAUGUAAGAUGUCUCUGCUCUAAAUAAAACCUACCUUCAGUAGACAAA